UAUAUGCAACAUGGUAACCUCGACUUCAGCCUCCAGAUUUUAUUGGGUGGGAGGGACCAACCUUCCAUAUAAAGACUGAUAUGUCUGUUGUUCAGUUGGAGAGAGUGCCAGACAUAGUACAGGAAGGAGUCGAAUCACUUCACUCGCUGAAGAUGCUGAGGAUCAGUGUGUGGCUGUUGAUCGGGGUGUUUGUGUGGGACUUUGCAUCCUGCUCCGUCAACUGCCCUGAUGGGACAGUCUGCUCCGAUCAUGCCACCUGCUGUAUGACUAAAUAUGGCUUUACCUGCUGUCAGUAUCCAAAUGCCGUGUGCUGCUCAGACCAGGCUCACUGCUGUCCCUUUGGCUUUCAUUGUAACCUGGCCACCCAGAUGUGUGAGAAACAGGGCCAGCUGUGGAUGCAGAUACCUAUGGUGAAGAAGGAGGCUGCAGAGGAGCAGGCCCCUCCUGUUCUACCUAUGUCUUCCCUGCAGGAGCCCAGAAACGACCAAGUCCCAGAGGCAUCAAAGAGCUCAGUCGUCCACUGUGACAGCUACUAUAUUUGCCCUGAUAGCACUACCUGCUGCAGACACCCAGCAGGCGCCUGGUUCUGUUGCCCUUACUCUCCUGGCCGCUGCUGUCUUGAUGGCUACCACUGUUGCCCGUAUGGCUACGACUGUGACUACUCUUACACCCACUGUGUGAGGAGGGGCCUGAGAUAUCCUUUCACCCCCAGACAAGCUCUGUCAUCAGUCCCUGCCACUCUCAUUUCACCUCCAGACGAGGAGGUCAGCUUUCAGGAGACUCCUAUGACAGCUCUGACAGAGGCCAGUGACAGUUCCCCCGAGGCUGGAGUCAUUCGCUGUGAUUCCAAGUUUUACUGCCCAAAUGGGAUGACUUGCUGCAAAGGAUCCAUAUACAAGUGGACUUGCUGCCCCCACCCACUGGGCCAGUGUUGCGCAGAUGGUUUGCACUGCUGUCCAUAUGGAUAUACCUGCGACGCCUCCUUGACAUGCAGGGCAUUUUACUCUGUGCUCCCCUCAGGAUCACACGAACAUCUGAAAACAGAGUGAGGACAUGCUGUUGCAGUGCCCUAUGGCAGCUUUUUCAUUGUUUCUCUACAUUAUUUUGAUGCAUAGUUAAGAUUUAAUUGAUGAUGGCUUCUUGCCCCCCAUAAAGACAAUAAAAGGUUCAGUCUGUAGAAUUUCAUGAAGUUGCAUAUUGCAGCUGAGUACCCCUCACCUCAUCUUCCCUUCCAAACAUGAGAACCUGUGGUACUUCAUAAAAACUCAGAAGGUGUUUAGUUUGUCUAGUUGGGACUACUGUAAAAAACAUGGUGGCCUCUGUAGACAGGACCAGCUCCAGAGUAAAUAUUUUAAUAUAAAGGGUCUAUUCGAUGGUAAAGAAACCUUUUCGUACAAUUUAGAUGAUUUACACUGUAGUAAAAUACAUCACAAGGAUUAUGUUAUAUUCACUUUCUGCCAAUAGAUCCCUUUUAACUAAAUCUUGCACAUUGGACCUUUAACAGAAACAGAAUUAGAAUUACCAUGAGGAGAGGAAGUUUGGAAUAAGUUUAGAAUUACUCUCACUAACAGAUCAAUAGUCUGCAUAUAACAUUGUUCUUAUUUCACUCAUUGUCUGUUCUGUUUUGGUAUUGCAUGUUUGGUUUGAGUUAUAAAUCAGCAUUACAUUUUUGGUCAUAUCUCUGUAUUUUUUGCAACUGAUUACGUUCAACAACUUUUGCAUUAAUAAAUCAGAUCAAAAAAUCAAGUUUAA